UUACGUGUACCUAUCUUCAAAAUGCAAAUUACAAUUAUCUUCUGUGCACUCUUGAUUCUCGGCUCUGGGUUUGUUAAUGGGCAAGCUCCUGACUGUCGGAAGCUAAGGGAAACCUGCGAUUCUUGCAUCCGAAGACUGAAUAAUCCCAUUAACGACGUGGAGUACAUGAACAAUGGAUGCCGCGAGAACGUCCGCGGCAGAUACAUUUGGAGAAACCAGACCCGAUGUGACCUUCAAGUCAUAGCUUGUGGAGCUCACAAGAGGAAAAUGGAUUGUCUAGUUAUAGCCGAACUUGCCGGCAUGCCCAGGCGAACUUAGAGGAAUGCCCACCAGCAAUAUGAUUAUCCGAACGAACUCAGCUAAAAUAUUAAAAGUGAUUUUGUCCAAAUAAAUGCACAGUUGCGAA